UUGUAAUAGAGUAAUAAUUAUCUUAUGGAUGUGCAUGCACCGUCGCGUCGAUUCAUGAGCGAGAGCAAUGCAGUCUUAUUUUAACCCUCAGAAUGGACACUUCUUUUAGAUCUUUUUAUAUGAUGAACGAAAAGUUACUACGGGCUAUUGGUCAAUGGCCGUAUCAAAUGAAAUUGAAAAAAGUUCUUUUUUCAACUUUAGUUUAUAUUAGUCUUAUAAGCUUACUCAUUCCGGAGCUGUUAGGCUUGAAAAAACAUUGGGGAAACUUGGACAUAGUAAUUGAAUGCAUACCUCCUCUUAUUAUAUUAAUUAUCGUAUUACUUCUAUUAACAAACUUUAUUAUUAAAAUGGAAAAAAUAGAACUUAUAUUUUCGAAAAUGAAACGCGAUUGGGUCUAUUGGAGGAGAGAUUCAAAAAUUGAAAUCCUACACGCUCAUACUAGGAGAGGAAAAGAUCUUAAUAAAUUAUACAUAAUUUACAUUGCUUUUACUUCAGUUGGUUAUUUUCUUCUACCAAUUGUUCCACAACUUUUAAACAUGUUCCAUCAGAACCAAUCUGUAGUAAAACAAACACUGUAUUUCACGGACUAUUACGUAGAUGAAGAGCAAUAUUAUUUACCGAUAGUAAUUCAUAGCUAUAUAUCAAGUAUCACUUGUAUGCAUAUUCUAACCAGCAUAGAAAUUACAUUUUCUUCAGUCAUUCAGCAUGCUUGUGGAGUGUAUUCUGUUUUAGGAGCAAAACUGGAAAAUCUUUUAGACGAUGACUUUUAUGCUCGUGCAAUAGAAAAAAAAAUUCCACAAGAAAUAGAUAAAGAGAUUAGAAUGUAUGUUCAAAAACAUCUACAAAUAAUAGAAUUUGUUGACGACAUAUGCGAUUGUUUUUCAACGUCAUUUUUCUUGAUCUUAGGAUGUAAUACGAUAAUAAUAAGUGUGACUGGUGUACAGACUGUAAUAAAACUUGAUAAAUUAGACGAAGCCUUAAGAUUCGGUACUUUUACUCUUAGUCAAAUUAUUCAUCUUCUCUAUCUCAGUAUUCCGUGUCAACAAUUGAUUGAUCAUAGUCUUAGUUUAUCUGCCAGCAUUUACAAUGGUUACUGGUAUCAAUUGUCUUUAGAGUCGCAAAAAAUGUUGCUGUUUAUCAUGAAAAGAAGUUCAAAACCCUCUGAAUUCACGGCCGGAAAACUAUUUACUUUUUCGAUGAACAAUUUUGCCUCGGUCAGUAAAAUCAAAAUUCAUUUAAAAAUCAAUUUUUAUAAUUACUGCUUCAUUAGAUAAUCUUUCACUUUUUUUCUCAAGGUUCUUCGAAUGUCCAUGUCAUAUUUUACUAUGCUGUCUUCAG